AAACAUUGGUUGAAGAACCUAUUAAGAUUGAUCUGAUUGAUGAGGCAGAGUUAAUAAGACAGCUUAAGAUCAAACCUACCAAUAUCGCCGAAUGGAAACAAAGACAUUACAUAACAGGCUAUCUUAAUAAGAACCAGAAA